UGCUCUCUCUACUAAAGUGUCGAGCCCUCCACCCGAAACGUGGCCCCUUACAUCAACAUCUCAUCUCAGGCCUCUACUUCCCUCCCCAGCCAUGGUGCGGUCCGUGUGGGUUGUGAGGGGAGGCCGCGCCGAGCUGCCCUGCGCCCCGACGCCCAAACAUAAGCAAGACUCGGCCCUCGUGGUGCUCUGGUACCGCUACAGCGACACCAUCCCCGUCUACAGCUAUGACGCCCGGGAGGGGGAGUUCACCUCGGGCGUCGGGUGGGCGGACGAGGGGGAGCUGGGCGGGCGGGCGCACUUCAUCCCCUCCUCGGAGCCGCCCACGCUGGUGCUGGAGCCCGCCCACGGCCGCGACCAGGGCGUGUACACGUGCAGAGUGGACUACCAGCUCUCUCCUUCCACCACGGCUGUCGUCAACCUCACCGUUGUGGUCCCGCCCGGGCCGCCCAUGAUCCUGUGGGGCGGGCGCGGGGUGGUGGACGUGGUGGGGCCGCUCGGGGAGGGUGAGAGGGCGGAGCUCACAUGCAGGGGUAAGGGCGGGCGGCCUCCCCCAACUCUAUCCUGGACGAGGAGGGGCCAGCGCCUGCCCCUGCUCGGCAACAACACGUCCUCCCCAGACACAGAGAACGUUUGGGUGGAGGCGCGCGUGGCCAUCAUGGGAAGCAGGGAGCUCCUCGGCAGCACGCUGUCCUGCCACGCCCACAUGCCCUCAAUCGCCCAGACCCUAACCAUCGCCCCGCAGGUCCAGACGGCCUCCGUCAUCGUCAACGUCACGUUGCCGCCAGUGACGGUCAGAAUCCUCAGCCCCAGCGCGGCAGCCUCGGCAGGAACGGAGCUGCGGCUGACCUGCAGCGCCGGUGGUUCCCACCCCCCCGCCCUCCUCACCUGGUGGAACGGCCACCAGCGCCUCUCACCGGUGUCCUACGCUGUGGAGACGGGAGGCAACGUCACCAGCGCCACGCUCACGCUGCUGGUGAGGCGGGAACACAAUGGGGCGACGCUCACCUGCACCGCCUCCAACCCCGCCCUACCCGGGGAGCGCCACCUGUCAGACUCCAUCAAGCUGAGCGUCUACUACGCCCCCGUGGUCCGCCUGUCGAUGGGUCUCUCCGUCAACUCCAGCAGCCUGAAGGAGGGCGAUAAUGUCUACUUCGAGUGCAGCAUCACCGCCAACCUCCGGCCAAGCGCAUCAUCUGGUACCACAACGUGA